AUGCCGCACGAGGGGAUCAGCAGUGUGAAUCAGCUCGGGGGGCUCUUUGUGAAUGGCCGGCCCUUGCCUCUGGACACCCGGCAGCAGAUCGCACGGCUAGCAGACAGCGGGAUGCGGCCCUGUGACAUCUCACGGAGCCUUAAGGUAUCUAAUGGCUGUGUGAGCAAGAUCCUAGGGCGUUACUACCGCACAGGGCUCUUGGAACCCAAAGGCAUUGGGGGAAGCAAGCCCCGGCUGGCCACACCCCCCGUGGUGGCUCGAAUUGCGCAGCUGAAGGGUGAGCGUCCAGCUCUCUUUGCCUGGGAGAUCCAACGCCAGCUCUGUGCUGAAGGGCUUUGCACGCAGGACAAGACUCCCAGUGUCUCCUCCAUCAACCGAGUCCUACGUGCACUGCAAGAGGAUCAGAGACUUCCCUGGGCACAGCUCAGGUCACCAGCUGUUUUGGCUCCAGCUCCUCCCAUUCCCCACAGAGGCUCUGAGGUUCCCCCGGGUCCCCACCCAGGGACUGGUCACCGGAAUCGGACUAUCUUCUCCCCAGGCCAAGCUGAAGCACUGGAGAAAGAGUUUCAGCGUGGCCAGUAUCCUGAUUCAGUGGCCCGUGGAAAGCUGGCUGCUGCUACCUCUCUGCCUGAGGACACAGUGAGGGUCUGGUUUUCCAACAGAAGAGCCAAGUGGCGACGGCAAGAGAAGCUCAAGUGGGAAAUGCAGCUUCCAGGUGCUUCCCAGGGGCUGACUAUCCCGAGAGUUUCCCCAGGAAGCAUCUCUGCACAGCAGUUACCUGGAAAUGUGCCCAUAGCACCCUUGCCUGCCCCGAAACCACUGGGUCCCUCCUGCUGUCAGCUGUGUUGUGGGACAGCACCAGACAGGUGUCUGAGUGACACUCCACCACAAGCCUAUCUCAAGCCCUGCUGGGAUUGCUGCUCCUUCCUCAUGCCUGUGGCCCCUCCCUCAUCUAUGGACCUUGCCUGGCCCUGCCUCAAUGCCUCUCCUGUGCAUCACCUGAUUGGAGGGGCUGGAGAAGUGACACCCACUCGCUUCUCACCUUGGCCUUAG